AGUAAAAUCAGUGAAGAGUCCUAGUUCGUCGCGGCUUCUUCAACUCACUGGUUUUCCCUUCCUUUCCACAAUUCCUAAUGGCCGACACCUCCACCUCCACCUCCACCUCCGCCCCCGCCUCCACCUCCGCCCCCGCACCGGCGGCGGAACCCAAACGCUUCUGGGGCGACGAAGCCGAAGAAGAAGAGGAAGAAGCCUCCGGUGAACAGGCCCCCCUCUCCUCGACCCCCGACCUCAAAAUCGACUCUCUAUCCAUCGACGUCGCCAAAAAGCCCAACAACUUCCUCGAAGACCCCGAUGACUCCAACAUCAAAGCCGUUACAACGGGGGAUACUAUGUAUGCAUCGGCGAAGGCAUUCGAGGAACUGGACCUGUCUCCGGAUUUGUUAAAGGGUUUAUACGUGGAGAUGAAGUUUGAGAGGCCGAGUAAGAUACAGGCAAUCAGCUUGCCCAUGAUUCUGACCCCACCGCACAAGCACUUGAUCGCUCAGGCACACAAUGGUUCUGGCAAGACCACGUGCUUUGUGCUCGGCAUGUUGAGCCGCGUCGAUCCCAAAUUCACGGCUCCCCAGGCGCUCUGUAUCUGCCCUACUCGCGAAUUAGCUAUCCAGAACAUGGAAGUUCUUAAGAAGAUGGGGAAAUAUACUGGAAUUACUUCUGAAGCUGCCAUAUCAAUGGAUAGCUCCAACUAUAUACCAAUUUCGAAGCGCCCACCACUAACAGCACAAGUAGUGAUUGGCACUCCUGGGACUAUCAAUAAGUGGGUGACAGCAAGGAAAUUGAGCCUGAGCUAUUUGAAGAUUCUUGUUUUUGAUGAAGCUGACCACAUGUUGGCGGAGAGUGGUUUUAAAGAUGACUCUUUGAGGAUAAUGAAGGCAAUUGUCAAAGACUCUCCGGGGUGCCAGGUGCUUCUAUUUUCUGCCACAUUUGAUGAUGCUGUCAGGGCUUUUGUUUCAAAGAUUGUUAAAGAUCUCUUUAGAGGAGAUUACAACCAAAUGUUUGUGAACAAGGAGGAACUGUCAUUGGAGUCUGUAAAGCAGUACAAGGUGAAAUGUCCUGAUGAGCUUUCGAAGAUAAUGGUGAUUAAAGACAAAAUAUUUGAGUUAGGGAAUAAGUUGGGGCAGACAAUCAUCUUCGUCCGCACGCGAAAUAGCGCAAGCAUGUUGCAUAAAGCACUCACUGAAUAUGGUUACGAGGUUACGACUAUUCAAGGUGCUCUCAAGCAAGAUGACAGGGACAAGAUAAUUAAGGAAUUUAAAGAUGGAUUAACUCAAGUACUUAUAUCAACAGAUCUUCUUGCCCGGGGUUUUGACCAAUCAAUGGUUAAUUUGGUUGUCAAUUUUGAUCUUCCCGUGAAGCAUGAUUACCCAUCUGAGCCUGACUGUGAGGUGUACUUGCAUCGGGUUGGGAGGGCAGGACGUUUUGGCCGCAAGGGAGCUGUGUUCAAUUUGCUGUGCAAUGAUAGAGAUGAGAUGAUCAUGGCCAAGAUUGAGAGGCAUUUUGAGACGGAAAUAGCUGAGGUGCCAUCCUGGAGAAGUAAUGAGGAUUUUGAGGCUGCUCUUAAAAAAGCUGGUUUGCUUUAAAUUGUUUGUGAUGAUCAUCUCCAGUUAUUAUCAUAAUGCAAUCUUAUAAGAGAAGCACGCGGCCUCGAUGGACGGUUGUGGAUUCGUGUUUUUUGAGUCAUUAAUACAGGUGUCACAGGGAGUGGUACAAUAUACGUUUCCAGUGUCUUAGCUUGAUGAUAAGCUAUGCGUGCCUAGCUCGUGGAGGCUCUCUUCCAGAUUUCUUCUGAUGAGAAAAGGAGAUUCAAGUUCUUCUGAAUUUGUAAACUAGGGUAUGUUUCGGUUUGACUUCAUAUUCCUUUUAGUGCCUUUUGAUUUAGCUGAAGUUAUUGGUGUUACUGAAGCGUUUUGUUCCGAUGUGUCAAUUGUAUUAAUAUUACUGAGUUUAUAUGAUCCUUUCUACCUU